AUGCGGAUGACUGGCACUAUGAAACCAAGUCCGAAAAAAUCCUCUUCGAAGGUGAAACAACGCACCAAGUCGUCCAGCAAUAGCAGCAACAACAACAACAGCAGUAGCAUCCUCGGUACCAAUCAACAACUCUCGGCGGGUACGACGUUAGGUACUUCCGCCUCAUCAUCGAACGCCAAUCAAACUCUGCAGCAGCUAAAUCCACCGCAGAAGCAAACAAUACCACAGAGCGAUUCCUCCGGAAACGAUGCAUCGAACAUGGGCUCUUCCAAAGAAAAGUCUUCCUAUAAAUCGUACGCCGGGCUAAGUUCAAGAUCCGUGCGCACCGCCUGGGAGCAGCACGAUAAGCAGGAAACGGAGGUAGCUCCCGACGUGUACACCAAGCUAGCGGAGGAUGCUACCUACAAACUUUGGGAAUUGGCCAAUAACAUAAAAACAUACAGCCGGCAUUCCAGUGGGCGAGUUACAUGUGAUCUGGUCAACGAAGUGCUUAAAGAUUCCGAUGUACCGCCGAUCGUUGGGGCAAACAGUCAACCCUGGGACAAGAUCGAAUACGAUGGAGCAUACUUUUUCAAUUCGGAUGAAGUUCUUGAUUUGCGUGAGGAGUACAUUAAACACAUAUCGUUGGAGCAACAUAACGUGCCGGUUCUUACCACCACAUGGAUGGCCGAGGCAGACAUUGCAGAGGAUCUGAUAGCGAUGCACAACAAUAUAUGCGAUGCAAUUUUCAUUGGAGAUGAGGAGUGUUUUAAUACGGCUAUCGACAUACUGCAGUACAACCAACAUACACCCUCUCUGAUGAAGCUGUUGCUAACGAAAGCAAUCGAAAUGCUAGGCUUCGAGUAUACGGAGGAAACGUUACGUCGCGCAUUGGAGUAUUUGGAGGCGCUGGUGCAGAACUGCCACGUUGCCCAUUCGGACCUAACGCUGGAGCUUAGUCUGCUGAGCCAGCUGUUUGUUAACCUGCUGCUAGGUCCUGCCGGCUUCGUUCAUGCAAAAUUACUGCAGUCGAACGAGCUAGUCCAUAGACCGGUGUCAACACUCACCGGUACCGAUCCGCAACAUCAGCAAGAUCAGCAGCAACAGCAGCAACAGGUACUGGACACUAUUUCGCCACUUUUCACCAACCCGAUGUCGCUGUUGGAAAACAAUUUACCGCCAGCGGAAGAUUCGAACAAUUCCAACUCGAACGCAACAGAGGAACUUUUGCGCAGCAUAGAAAACAUAAAGGACGGUGCGGAUGGGAUCGAUCUCAACAUUAAGGACGAGUAUGAAGCUCUCUUCUCGAUGGUGCAAGGGCUGGGCAAGCAAGAAAGUGUGGAUGAAAGUAUGGUAGGCACGGAACCGCUUGCCGAAGGUGUGGUAGAUGGGUUUCAGGUAAAAACCGAAUACGACCCCGAUUCGUAUGAUGCAAAUGCGUCAAACUUUAUUGUACAGCAGGCGGCUGGUACGGUAGUGGGAUCGGGUGACCCCACCGAGCAUUCGACCGCACUGCACGAUACUGGUAUUCUGACGAAUGAAAUGUUGAACUCUCUAGCGGCUAGUGCUGUCGCUGCUGCUGCUGUGUCAGGUACAGCAGUGAACAAUGCUGUGACGAUGUUUGAUCUCAAACCGGAUACAAGUAAGAGCAAGAAUGAUACCGGCACACCGCCCACGAUCAUUGACGCAGAUCCGGAAGAAAACGUAAGCUUACCGAUGUCGGAAAGUAGUGACGGCGGUGGCGAGGUGAACAAUCCCAACUCGACCACGCUGGAAAGCGAAAACAUAACAACGUUGAUUUGUGAGGAUUAUCUCGUGGAAAGUGUCUGCCGGGUGAUAGGGUUGUGUGCCAGCAAAUGGGGCUUCGUCGAGCAGGAGUGCACCUUUCUGCUGGUGGAGCGUUUGCAACGGUACUUUCAGGAAAAGAAAACGGCCACAAUCGAUUACAACUGGUUGUCGCGCAUUUUCCGAGGCUUGUGGGCGAUUGGAGAGUUUGCCCUGCGAGAACUGCUGCCCUAUUUCUAUCACAUCGACAGCCAAACGAUCCCAGAGUAUUUGGUACCGCAUUUUUGUACUGCAGGAAUUUUCAUGAACGGGCGUUCCGAUAUCUUCUUCUACGAAUAUUUGUACGACAUUUGUGGCGAUAGUUUGAUGCCGUUCAUGUUUUCAUACGAUCAAUACAUCGAAAAGCAGUACUUGAAGUAUCACAAGAAAAGGUUAAAAGUUUUGGCCACCAAGGAUUGUUACAAAGUCGUAUCUAAGGUAAUUCCGAAACGGCUUCCAUCCUACACCCCACGGACGUCUUCAGCAAAGCCCACACUUCAGGCGGCUUUUGAAGAUUACACUGAUAAACGAUUGCAGAGCCUAUCUUCUUCAAUACAAACUCCAAUCCCACGGAUGGGAUUUAGAUUCCCGGGCUGCCGAUCGAUUGCGUUGAAAACAACAGGAUGCGGUCUGCCGAAAGCAACGACAUUUCAGGGUGCCGAAACGAGCGUUGUUGGAGUAAAACAAAACACAGCUCUUUUGAGUGCUUUUAACUCCAAAAUAGUCGUAGCCAGACGACGAUUACUUGCGCCAGUUACAAACGAACCACCGAAGCAACACGUUUAUAGCUUUGGAACAUGCACAUUGUAA